UGGUUUUCUCGUUUCUUUUCCCUCUCUAUCCUCCACAUCUGGUCCUUCAGCUCCUGAGAUUAGUACUCUCACUCAUGACUCUCUUAUCUUCUACCUAUACCCUCUCUUUGUAUUAAAUUUUUUCUUUCUUGUUUCCUUUUCUUGGUUUUCUUGUUUUGAAUAUUUUCAGCUCUGUUUCCAAUCCAUAGCACAACAUGAGCAACACCGCAAGGCCAAUAAUGAAAGUAACUUUUCAUUUGGCUUAUGACAGAGGUUAAGCAAAUCCCAAUCUCCUUGUUAAUUUCUCUGAUCCGGUUUUGUGCACGUAGAAGAACUGUAUAAUUAAUAAUGAAAAAAAGGUGUUGUGUGUGAUUUUUAAGCUCAACAUCUACUUAUCUUUUUCCAUUUCAAUCUCUCUUUUUUUACCGUCUUUGUCAAGUUAUUGUUUUUCCAUAGUUUUUAUUCAUCAAGAAAUCAAUGGAUGUGAUUAACCCUAAAGCCAAGAAAGGGCUGAUCACAAAGACAUGGGAGCGAUGCAGAUCGAUUGGUGGCGGAGGUGGUGGUGGCAGUGGUGCUCUGAUGAUGAAAAGCCGAUCAUUGCCUCGCUCCGGCAGUGGUGAUGGUGGUGGUGCAGCCGUGGAAGAUGAGGAAAAGCGGCCUAGAAAACACCGGGUUGCGCCGGAAGGCUGCUUCUCGGUGUAUGUAGGACCUCAAAAACAGAGGUUUGUGGUCAAGACUGAGUAUGCAAAUCAUCCACUGUUCAAGAUGUUACUUGAAGAAGCUGAGUUGGAAUAUGGGUUCAACAGUGAUGGCCCUCUUGCUCUUCCAUGCAACGUUGAUCGGUUCUACAAGGUGUUGGUGGAGAUGGAGAACUCCUACGAGAAUCGUGGCGGUUGCACCGGUUUCGGCUCAUACCGCCUUCUCAGUCCAUCUCGUUUGGUUGCCAUGAAUAAGUUAUAGUACACUCAUAUAUCAGCUGAUAUCGGAUUGUAUUUGUCGAUAUAGUAUCCAUUUUCAUCUCAAUUGGUUGCGGUGAAUAAGUUAUAUAAUCGUUAUGAUUUUAUACGACGAUAUCAGCAAUACUGUAAUAUAUCAGUAGAUAUCAAAUAGUAUUUACUGAUAUAUAUUAGUGUCUAUCUCGAUUGGUUGUUAUGAAUAAGUUAUAGUCGUGAUGGUUUUAAAUAAUGGUAUGAGAAUUCAUAUUGGUAUCGAUCAUAUAAUCAUAUAUCAACUUAUAUUGAACAAUAUGAUUGAUGUAUCAAUAUUGAAUGUGUAAAAUCGGUCUGCGUACAGUUUUUUUUCUUUGUAAGGACUUUAUCAUGGCUUUAUGGGCAUGGUUUAUGAAAUUUGAGUAAUAUCAUGUAGAGAACAAUAAAAAUAAGCUGGCUGGAUUGUAUCCAGACUAUCUUUAUGAUAA